AUGAUGUAUUGCAGUUUACAGAGCGUUGUGCUCAGGAAUAAGAACCUUAUUUUUGAUCAGCUUGAGACUGUCUUAUGUCACGCCCACUUAUGAAAGAUAAAAACAAAUCACAGCCUUUUGCUUUUUGUUACUGAUUUGAAGAAGAUGAUCGCUUUCCUGGUGCUUUCAUUUCUCGGAGCAGGAACUGUGGGUGCUGAUAGGGCUGUGACUUUCGAAAACCCAAAUCCAUGUGCUGUGGAGGGGUCAUCUGUGGAGUUCAGGUGCUUGUACAACUACCAAAAUGGACAAACUGUUAGAAAGACUGAGUGGUACAAAGGGGAAUUUAAAAAUGACGUCUGGAUACGUGUGAAGCUCUCAGACCUUGCUUCAUAUCGAAAUCGCUUUGAAUUCAUUGGUGACCAGCAACACGACUGUAGCCUGGCACUCCAUGACCUGCAGCAUAGUGACACUGGGUAUUACUACUUCAGGUUUGACACUGACAGGUUUGGGUGGCGCAGUAAGACUUCAGUGUAUCUCUCUGUCACAGAGCUGCAUGUCAGACUGUACCCUGACACUGUGAGAGCAGGAGACAGCGUGAGUCUUCAAUGUAAUACAUCCUGCCAUCUUAGCAGCACAGUUUGGUUCAAAGAUGGACACCCAGUAUCCAAACCAGAGUUCCAGGCUCAGGCAGAGGAUGCUGGGAAUUAUUUUUGUGCGGUUGAAGGGCAGGAGUCAGUGCAAUCGGAACCUGUAGCUCUAGAUGUUCAGUAUCCUCCUCUGAAUGUGUCUGUCAAGGUGACUUAUCCUGACAACCUAAAUGAGAGCAGCAGUGUGAAUCUGACCUGCAGCAGCUCUGCUAACCCUGCAGCACAAAACUACACCUGGUUCAGGAGGACAGCUUCUCCCAGCUCCGGCUCGAGCUCCAUCUUCCAGGUGGGCUCAGGACAGGUGUUGUCUCUCCCCUCUAUGGAGGUGAACCACACUGGACUCUACCUCUGCCAGGCCAGGAACACAGUGGGGGAAACCAACUCAACUGAGGUGCUGCUGACCAUAAGUGCCAAAAAUUAUGGUUUGUUUCACUUAGGAGUCACAAGAAAUCACACAGAGAUAACUAAAGAGCUUUGGAGUUCUUUCUCAUUAAGCCAAGUCAUCCUCCUGAUUGGAGUCAAAGUAGUAAUUUUGCUUCUUCUUACACUGGUUAUCAUCUGGGCUGGGAGACAUAUACGUAUCAAAAAUGAAGAGGAGAACGACCACGACUAUGAAAAUGAAAGCACUGGAGUAUAAUGGAUUACAAAGAGAAGCCUGGCCUGCAGGAAAUGUCUGUUUAAGCAUCUCAGAGAUGAGUGAUGGUAUUUAAAUGACACGCUGCCAUGCAACUUGGCAUAAGUCUGUGACUUGUGUUGUGGAUGGAGAGCGACUACAAGAACUGGAGGAACAGCUCAGGAGCAGGUUAUUCUUCUUUAUUUCCUGUCUGUGACACAUGAAGAGACAUGUAAGAGUAUCAAAUGUUAUCAAUAAGACAUCAUUGCUGUUCCUUUCAUCAAAGAAAGACCUUUUCGGAGAAGCACAGUGAAUUUUAUUGAACAAAAAAAGGCAUUAUAAUUCUAAAAGCUAUGCUUUAUAAUGAAAGUGGAGUGGACUAAUUCAUGUUUUAUUCUUACCUCUAUGCCAUCGUGUUUAGUUCAUUUCAUCAGAGUUUGUGUCCUGUGAAUGUUGUUCUUGAUCUACUUUUAGCGAUGUGACAAGUUAAACCAUUGUUGUAAAACCAGAAUAUGCUGCCCCCUUCAGUUGAAACUCAUGUACAUCAAUGUGAGGACUUUUAAAAUAAAGAUCAUUACAAUUAUUGGUAUAAUUUACCUAAACAAUGCCCUCGUAAGGUCAGGGCUUAAGUUGGUUAAGAUUUUAUUUUAAGCUUUUAUUAUAUCAGUAUACUUGCAAAAAAAAAAGAGAAAACAACACAGCCUUAAUUUGAUGGAAAGAGUAAGAGUGUCUUAGAGAAGAAAUAAUUACUAUUUAAUUAUCUUGUCAUUAAAUAAAAUUACUGCCAUUUGUAUACAUAUAAACCUGUUAUAUUCAAAAGUUGAAUAUAAAUGCUGGCUGCUGUAAUGAAGUGUAUGUGGUAUUCAAGAGUUUGAUCAUGCUAUAAACAUACUUAUCUUA